GACACUGGAGUCUGCGACUAUACCGUCUAAACCGCGGGUGUCCGCCGCGCUCCGGGGGAAGCGGACAUCACCUCUGCUGAAUUUCAAUUGCGCACUGUUAUUCUCCGUUGCUUGACUAUCUUCGAGUGAGUUGCUGACACUCCGAGAUGAGGACGCAACAUUUCUGAAUAGAAAAAACCCGACUGGACCUUAAAUGAGGCAUCGCGCAAUGGACAGCUGAGGGCAAGUUGGACUUUUUCCAUGCGGUGUUUUUGCGCGGUGGGCUUUUUCGUGCCAAGGAAACCUAUUAAGAAGUCGUGAGGGUCCGGGCGCGCUGUGUGCGCUGCGUUACUGGCCGGGUUUGUUUGAUUCACAAAGCGCAACUUGGCUAAGUGGACUACAGAGACUUCUUCGCUGCGUAAUUUGGAUACGAGACAAAAUGCUGUCCAGGAUCAUUUUCAUUUGCCUCUUCUUUGCUGGUGCCAGUUCUGGAGACACCGAAGGCAGGGUAUCUUACGGUGGAGCUUGCGAAUCUUUGUGUACCUGCGAAGAGAAAGAGGGACAGUUAUACAUGAACUGUGAGGAGAGAAACAUAAGCAAAAUAUCUCAGGUGCAGGUUCCAGCAAAUAAGUCUUUCCAUCUUAACAUGUACAAGAACGACCUGGUAGAGUUGCAUGCAGAGGAUAUGGAUGCUUUCCAGAAAGCUUCGACCUUGCAUCUAGGCGCCAACAGCAUACAAGAGCUGGAACCUGGAGUCUUCAGUUCACUGGGCUCUCUGAAAAAGCUUCAUAUCAACAGCAAUUUCCUGGUCAUGUUAAAGGAGGACACGUUUCAAGGCCUGGUCGGUUUGGAAUACCUUCAGGCCGACACGAACUUCAUCCAGGUUGUGGAACCCGGGGCCUUCAGCACGCUCGUCCGUCUUAAAGUUCUGAUCCUCAACGACAACUCCAUCGAGUUCCUUCCCGCAAACAUUUUCCGCUUCGUGCCUCUGACCCAUUUGGAUCUGAGAGGGAACAAGCUGCAGACGCUGCCCUACGUGGGUUUCCUGGAGCACAUCGGUCGGAUAAUGGAGCUCUUGCUGGAAGACAAUGCAUGGGUGUGCGAUUGUGAAAUCUUACAUUUGAAGGUCUGGAUCGAGAAUAUGCGGGCGCAGUCGUCCAUUGGCGAUGUGAUCUGCAACGGCCCCCGUCAUCUUAAGGGCACCCCGUUGGCCAAGGUGAAAAGGGACGUGCUUUGCCCCUUCCAUGCUGAAAUUAACCUCGAGGAGCCGUCCAAGUCCUUAGACAUGGUUGUCACCCCAUCCUCCAAGGUUGUUCAGAUCACUAAAGCAAAAGAUGACGCAAAGAUCCCCACACCUGCCAAUGGCCUCGGGACAUUCUGCGUGUCGCCGUGCUCCUGUCACAAUCAACCGAGCGCAGGUUUUUUAGUGCACUGUGAGGACCGAGGCAUUCAAAGGAUAUCUGAUCUGGGUGUUUUUGAACAAAGCCCGACCAAGCUGGUUUUAACGGGAAAUUUGAUACAAAGACUUUUGAAAUAUGAUUUUGUGACGUAUGACAGGUUGGAAUUGCUCAAUUUGGCAAACAACCAAAUAGACUACAUAGACAAUGAAACCUUUCUGAGUUUGAGCAGUCUUAAAAAGCUGUACCUCAAUGGGAACCGCAUGGAGAAGAUUUCCGCCACAAUGUUUCUCGGCCUUCAUAACCUGGAAUAUUUGUAUUUGGAGUAUAAUUUAAUCAAAGAGAUCGAGGCAGGGUCCUUCAACCCCUUGACCAAUCUCAAGCUUCUUUUCCUGAACAACAAUCUGCUCAACGCUCUCCCUGGCCAGAUCUUUCGGAACGUGCCCCUGUUAAAGUUGAACCUACGAAAGAAUUUCUUUAUGCACCUGCCCGUUAGCAACGUGCUGGACCAGCUCAAUAAUCUGGAGCAGAUUUACCUCGAGGACAAUCCCUGGGACUGUAGUUGUGAUUUAGUUAGCCUCAAGCAGUGGGGGGAAAAGCUCAACAAGGACACCGUGGUGGGUUCCAUUUUGUGCCACACACCUAGAAAGCUUUCUAGCGUUGAGCUCAGAAACAUCAAGCAUGAUGUUCUCUGUCCUGGUUUGGUCACCUAUUACUCAUUACCUGGAGCGACGGAGAACGGUGUACCAGUCACGAUCGCUCCAGAAGGUGGAACCAGCGGCUUCUUUCGCUCUCUGACUGAAGCAGUGCCACUCUCGGUGCUUAUCCUGUGUCUUCUCAUCCUUCUCCUAAUCGUCAUAUUCUGUUCUGCCGGCAUCAUAGUCUUCAUGCUGCACCGUCGGCGAAGGAAAGCCAAGAAGAAGCAGGCGGAGGAGCAGCCGCGUGAGAGCAGUCCCAUCCAUCUGCAUUACAGCAUGUACGGCCAUAAGACCACCCACCACGUGACCGAGAGGCAAGGAACCAGCAUGUACGACGAAGCUGGCCGUAGCCCGAUCGUUCAGGUCUGUAGGAACCCCAGUUACUGCUCACAGCACAAAGAAUAUGAGCUAGAUGAAUACGACGGCGAGAAGCCCAAGCACAUUUGCCCUAGCAUCCUCGACAAGGAGAGCGAAUCACUCCUCACGGGAGCCAACGUGAAGUUCAGGGCCGUUACCGAUUACCCCGCCGAGUUUGGGAGUUUGGGAGACGCGACCUCCUUAUACAAGAACAUCUUGGAAAGGGAACGGGAGCUCCAGCAGCUCAGCCUCACAGAAUACCUCAGGAAAAACAUAUCGCACCUUCAGCCGCCCAUGGACAUGCAAGUCCCCAACCAUCACCAAGAGCUAAAACUGAUGGAGAGGCUGGUGUACGCAAGGCCGAGGAAGGUCAUGGUGGAACAGACUAAAAACGAAUACUUUGAACUCAAAGCCAACUUACAUGCAGAGCCAGACUAUUUAGAAGUCUUAGAGCACCAAACAUCUUUCAACUGAGAUGAGGACACUGUUACAAUACACCCCAUACUACAAGUGCCUUAAAGCGAAAGAAAAAUAUUUUUACGAGGCCACAAUGUCUCAUUUCAGGUCAUGCUUGGUUUCAUAGCCUUUAUACUGUUGGACAGUGAAGCAGUUGGAUUAUACUUUGCAACAACAUUUAGUGCAAUGAAUGAUGGCGUGAUGUUUUGGCUUUGCUCAAGUUCAUGAUACCCAAACAUUCAUUGUGCAGUUGUUUGUUUUCUUUGUUUGCUACAUCAUAGAUAAGAAUAUCAUAGAUGCGCUUCACAAUUCUCUAUGUGGCCGAUAUAAAGCUCUGUUUACCUGUAUCAACCAAAAGAAAAGAAGAAAAACAAAAGAAAAUGAUUUUCGUCAGACAGAACCAUAAAUGCUAGUCGUGACAUUCCCUCAUCUGGUAGAUUGUUUCAAAGUGCCCAACACAGUUUUCGCUCAUUAAAUAUUAAACUAAACCACGCAGAGUAACAUUUCGACCGCGAGGUCAGACUUUACGAUCGGCCGCCGUGGCCCUUUAUCGUGGCUUAAAUUGGCCUCUCACCAGGAAUCCUCCGUGUAACUAAAGAGUUUGUUCAGAAAUUAUAUCGUAUAAACCUACUCGCUCGUGUUUCAGAUAUGCGCAGAAACUCUGUUGGGCGUCCUUGGAGAGACGCAGAAAAGAAUUGCACUACUUAAAAUACCAUUUAAAGGUGGUUGAUGACAAUCAGAUGUUGUGAUGCAGCACAGACUAUAACAUUUUUCUCUUGAAUACCCGGGGAGUGUAGCUUCUGCUUUGUAUAAUAAUGUUUUUUAAAAGUUCCUUUCAUAUACACACAUCAAAUCCGAUUUUUUUCUUUGGGCAUGAUAGUUGUGCAGGGUGUUUUAUCUUCAUUUUCUGACAGAAGAGAGAAUUAUAUAUAUAUAUGUAUAUGUAUAUAGAGAAAAUAUGCACACAAAGCUGUUGUGUCGAGCCUUGAAAUGUUUUAUUGUAUGAAAGUGCACCAUAGCUUUAUUUUGUACCGGUGUAGAUGAGAGUUAUUUAUUCUGUAUAUUUGUACAUAAGUUAACAUUUAUAUGUUUGUGCCUUUAAUGUGGUACCGAUUAAGCUGUAAAUAAAAACAAAAUCAAUCGAGUGUAUUGCAAUAUUGUACCCCAAUAAAUCCAAAAAGUACACUGUCUGACCGCAUGAAGGCGAAACAUUUGGAAAAAUACUU